CCAUUAUAAUUUUUAGUCUUUUCUUACAGUAAGAUGAAGAGACUAGACCAGUCGUUGCUUCAUUCAGCAAGCUGUUAUUGUUUCCUUUGAAUAAAAAUUGUUACUUUUUCAUUUUUAUUUUUAUUUUUAGUUUCUUUAAGCUUUGUUGUUACUUUUGAGGGGAAGAUACAAGUUUUAAUGGGGGAUGCAUGGAUGAGGGAAGCCGAAGAAGCAUUGAAGUUGGUGGAAGACAUAGAAAACAGAGUAAACAACAAGAACCCAUCUCUGAAACCCCAUGAAAAUUGUGUUAUAGACAUUUCUUCUCGUUCCAAGCUUUUGGAAUCUGGGAUCAAAAUUGAUAGACUUGAAUCACUUCUUAGAAACCCUCCUUCGAAACCAAUUUUAACGGAUGAAGAUAUCGAUUAUCGAUGGAAGAUGUUGUCGGAUAUGCGGCUAAGAACCAAAGCAUUGGCUCUUAGCCUGUCUGCCUUACCAACUUCGAGCAGGCCUGGAAGCUUAACUCAUGGAAACAACAACGAACUGAAAAAAAUGAUCGGCGACUGUGUACAAGAUCAAACAAAAACAUUACCGUCUGAAGAGGAACAAGAGCUUUUACGACCGCUUAUUGCUAAUGAUGUAUCAAUUCCCAGCCAAGUGCAGAUGAAACGAUGCAGUACCUCAACUUCACUGAGUUUGCUCCAGAAGGUUUUCUGGAUCUUCGGUGCAAUACUAGGACUAGCUGCACUUAUAUUUAUCUUAAUUGUUAUCUGUGCAGUCAUAUAAUCUAAUACAUUGUAUAGCCUUUUCGAUUUUAAGCAGCAAUUUGUCAUC